AAAUUGUAGAAGUAUUUUUCAAUAGUCACAAUACGGUCCAUAGCUCUAUUUUUUGCCUAAAUUAUAUAUUUCACCUCUUCGAUUACGAUUGAUUAUUUAUACUGAUCCACAGGAUUGGGACAGAUCAGAUUUGGAAGCACAUUAUGGCAAAUGCAUAGGAGAGGUGGAUCGUACAAACCUCGCAGACCGUCGAAGAAUCCUUUCGAUGGCCAACCAUUUAUGAAGGGCGUAGUUUUAAAAACCGUCAUUAAAAAGCCAAAGAAGCCUAACUCCGCAAAUCGAAAAUGCGUCGUUGUGAGAUUAUCGAACGGCAAAGAAAUGACGGCAUAUGUUCCCGGAAUGGGCCACAAUCUACAGGAACAUAAUAUAGUGCUCUGCAGGAAUGGACGACUGCGAGAUACACCUGGCGUUAAGAUAAAAUGCGUGCGUGGAAAAUACGAUUUGCCACAUGUAUCUAAGAACAAUUAGUUUAUAAUUAUUAAUUGUCACCAACACUGCAUUUGACUGUGUGUUUGACAAAAUUGAGGUAAUUUCUGUAAAGAAUACAUCAACUGUACCAUAAAAAUCAGUUUCAGACACAAAAA